UAUAGACUUUGAACUGAGUUCCCCCGUCUCUCUAUCAUCGAUGGCCUGUUAUGCCGCUCAGUGAACUGCUCUCUCACUGGUAAUCCUGUGGUCCAAAUUGUUGUUUCCUCUGCACUGGUCCCUGAUGUUCUUCUGCAGCUACAUGGUGCACCUGCCGCAGCCCAUUUUUCUUCGGAGCGUGUGUGGGAGCGGGCUAGACAGUUUUGUUAUUGGCCUGCUAUGUUCAGGGACAUCAAGGAGUGGUGUGAGCGGUGUGUGGCUUGUCAGACAUGCCGAAAUCCUGUUCUCGCCCACCGUGCGCCGCUGGGUGGAUCCCCGGCCGUGCGGCCCUUUGAGAGGGUGGCUAUGGACAUCUUGGAGCUGCCAGUGACUUCGAAAGGCAACCGCGCUGAAGACAAGGCUCUGGGAACAUCUCAUCACUUCUGCAGAAACUCAUCUGAAGCAAGCAGCAAGACACAGACAUGGGAAUUUAAAGUCUAUCAACAUGAAGACAUGCUUAUAGUUUCAUUAUUUCUUUAAGUGCGUGUGGCUUUCCCGUGGACCAAGUUCAACUCCUUUGCACUGGAUGCUGAGAUGCGCAGAAAGUGAACAGGGUCCUGAUCUCUACUACAGUCUUCAACGAGUUACAAAACGCCAUGAAAGACGACUUUGCAGACGAGGAGGAGGUUCAGUCUUUUGGAUACAAGAGGUUCGGGAUCCAGGAGGGUACCCAGUGCACUAAGUGUAGGAAUGAAUGGGCACUGAAGACCUCUAUAGCACUGCUCUAUGUCUUGUGUACCCUGCUCACCAUUGCUGUUGCUGUACUUGAAUAUAAAGUGGUGCAAAGAGUUGACAGUGUGUCUGAAGGUAUCGCAAACUAUGGAGGAAAGAUAAUUGCUGUUGAGACUGAUUUGAAAAAGCUAGAUGAUCAAACGGGGGAGAAGUCAGAGAAUACCACCACAGAGAUCCAGGCUUUUAAGAACAACAUCUGGGUUCUCCAGAGGCAGCUGUCUGCGGUGCAGGAACACAUCCACAGUGAUCAAGUUAAACUGAGUCAGCUGCAGAACAUUGACUCAGACAUUCAGAGCAGCCAGGACUCCAUUCAAGGACUGCUGGAUACCAACACAGCCACCUUGCGCUCUGUAAAUGGCACCCUGCAGUCUUAUGGCAGUAUCAUUGAGGGUCUGCAGGAUGACACAGCCAGACUGCAGAAAGAACUCCACCAGCAGGUGAAACUCCAGAACCAGGUGCUACUCAGCAUCAGCAGCCUCAACCUUACUCAGGUCCAACAGAGAGGCCUCAUCGCCAGCUUGCAGCGCUCAGUGGACGACACCAGCCAGGCCAUCCAGAAAAUGCGCAAUGACUUUCAGAGUCUCGAGCAGACAGCCCGACAGACAUAUUCUGAUACUCAGUGGCUUCGAAGUAAAGUGGAAAGCCUGCAAAUUUUGGCUAGUAAUGCUUCAGCUUUAGCAAAGGCCAACAAUGACAGCCUGGAAGAUGUGGGAUCACAGCUUACUUUUAUGGCCAACCAACUCCAGAACACCAGUGGCCUGGCUGAUGCUCAUGACCAGACACUGAGGGAGAUAAUGAAUCGACAAAGAGACUUGAGCAACCUCACGUCCAUCAGUUUUGACCGGCUGGAGUUACGAUUAGAUGAGUCGGAGCAGAGUAUGGACCGUUUGACUGGCAACAUCAGCUUCACCACACAGCUCCUGGGCGCCAUCAACCUCAACAUGAAUGAGUUACGUACUUGUUCCGAGACAGUUGGCCAUCACUCAGACUUCUUGUUAAACCUCAACAACAGCAUGAUAGAAAUGAGAACAGAUGCAACCAGCCUGAGGUCCCAGCAGGAAGAGCUGGCAGCACGUUUGGACAAGGAGGUCACCAGCCUUUCUAUUGUCAUGGAGGAGAUGAAACUGGUGGACACCAAGCACUCACAACUAAUAACCAACUUCACAAUUUUACAGGGUCCCCCUGGUCCUAGAGGGCCAAGAGGGGACAAAGGACCUCAGGGACCACCUGGUCAGCCUGGCCAAAAGGGAGAAAAAGGUGAAAAGGGUUCUCCAGGGAUAAGAGGACCCAAAGGAGAGCAGGGUAUUCCAGGAUCACCAGGUCUGCCAGGGUUAAAAGGUCUGCCAGGCGCAACUGGCAGCCCAGGGUCCAAAGGCUCCCGAGGGUCAGGAGGCAGGGCUGGACCUCCUGGAAGUAAGGGAGAGCCAGGUACUGCUGGCUUGCCUGGAAGAGAUGGACAGCCUGGCCCUCAGGGGGCACAGGGCCCUCCAGGUGUCAGAGGCCCUAUGGGACCAGCUGGGGAGCAGGGUCCAAGGGGAUUGCCAGGACCAGUGGGGCCUACGGGGCCUCCAGGCCCAGCAGGACCAUCAGGACAACCAAGAAUCCAAAUCCGGGGUCCAGUAAUUCCCUUAGGCCCUGUGUCUCUGCAGGAUGAAGCAAUAUGGGCCCCAGGUUGUCCCGUUGAGUGGGUAAACUACAGAGACAAGUGCUACUUUUUCUCAAAAGACCUGCACAGUUUCGAUGAUGCAAAAGAAACCUGCGAAUCAAAGUCUGCUUCCUUGUUGAUCAUCAAUGAUAUGGAGGAACAGAAAUGGCUGAAGAAGCAGAUUUUUGGAAAGGGCUACUUCUGGAUGGGUCUGACUGACAGGGAGGAGGAGAACAUGUGGCGCUGGCUGGAUGGGACUGAACCUGCCUUCACACAGUGGAAGCCUGGUCAGCCUGACAACUGGGGCUACGGGCAUGAAGUCGGAGAGGACUGUGCGGGGCUCAUCCAUGAAGGCUUGUGGAAUGAUUUCUUCUGUCAAGAUCUCAUAAGCUACAUCUGUGAGAAGGAAAAGGAGACCUCAAGUUCGACUGGAUUGUAGCGAUAUCUUGAAAGCAGUGAGCAGCUAGACUCCCCCCGUGUGGGGCUGGUCCACUGACACAGCACAUGGACAGUCUGUAUGGAGAGUGCAGAGGGACAGUUUUGUAAUGAGCCCAGGGCUGCAGCAGCAAAUGUCCCUGCAAUGCUGAAGAAUUUCUCCUCCAGUGUGAAGCCAAGUCCAAUAUUUCCAGCAAGUGCAAUACGGCAGGCCAAUCAAAGGAGAACGAUGAAUACAU